CGAGACUACGACCUUUCUAUUCUAGCUGUGUCACUGUAUACUGCCUAUUGCUCUCAUUUGCUUCUUUGUCACUCCUCACCCUAUUAACAAUCUCUUCGAUAUGCGUGCAUGUCUUAUUUUAUUUGGAUUCAACACUUUUAUGUACUCACUCUUUAAUCUCUUCUGCACACUCUCUCUCUCUCUCUCUCUCUUACUCUCACGAUAGGACCUUCUGGGCUGUGAUCCGGCAAUGAUGGGCGGUAGAUUGGAGCCUCUCGGUGAUUCUUGGAGCAGAGUGACGUCGGAGAUCGGAGAUCUUUUCAGGCCACCUUUUGAUUUGGAGGAGAGGAUGAAGAUGCUGGUAUUGAACAGUGCUGAAAAUGGUGACACGUUUGCAGAACGUGCUGAAUCUUACUACGAAAAGCGACCUCAGCUACUGGCUCUCUUGCAAGACCUCUACAAUGGUUAUAUCACAUUGUCUGAUCGCUACAUUCAAACAUUGGCCAAACAUCAUCAUCAUCAUCGGAGACAAUCUUCUCAAAUCUCAACCACUGAUUAUGAUUGCUAUGAUCAAGAAGACGAUGCAGAGAGUUCCCUCUCUUACCAACAACCUCAGUCAAUGCUUCCAAACAAGGGUGUGUUGGAGUGUGAUGCUGAUGCUGUUAAUGUAAUUGUUGCUGACUUAGUGAUCAAGAAUGUUGAGUACGAUGUGUUAGUGCACGAGAUGAGCAUUAUGGAGAGGCGAACUAGUGAAUCAUCAAGAAAAAUGGAGUUGCAGAAGAACUUGCUUGAGGUUUUGGAGUCUGAGAGACUCAUUCUGUUGAAUGAGAAUGCAAGGUUGGGGUAUAGAGUGACAGCAUUGGUGGAAGAGAACAAAGGGUUGGCAUCAGAGUCUAUGUUCAUGAAGAGGAAGGCAAGUGAGCUAGCUAGGUGUGUGCUAAAGAUGAGGGAGGAUCAUAGGGUAUACAUGCUGAAUCGCAAGAUUGAGGAUCUUCAGGGGCAGAUUUAUGGGUUGGAGAAGAGGAACAAGGAGUACUAUGAGCAACUUGUGAAAAGAGACCAACAUGUUAAACAAGAGAAAGCUAGCAUUGAUGAGAAGAAGAAUGUUCAUGAUUUGAGCUUGGAUGGUUGCUCUAAAAUGGAGGUGGUGGUGGUCAAUCAGAGGUUUAAGAAGAGGGGUAGUGCUAGUGUUGGUAAGAAGAGUGGUUCUAGAUUGUGGGAGAGGGUCAAGAACAUGGACUUGUUUCUAUGUGGGCUUGACCCAACUUGUACUUGAUAGUGCCUUCAUAUAUAUAUUAGUAAAGUUUAGACUAACAAUUAAUUUGCUA